AUGGUCAUGGUAGGAACGGAGAACGUUGUCGGCCUGCUGAUGGACGGUGUGUCCGCGAAUGUCAAUGCUGCCAGCAUCAUCGCCCGCGAGUACCCAAAAGUUCAGUGGAUUCGUUGCGGUGCGCAUUCUCUCAAUCUAAUGAUGAAGGACAUUGGCCAACUCGAUUGGGCCAAGGAUACCAUCGACCGCGCGCAACAGCUUAUUACGACGCUGAAGAACGCGCACUGGAUUACGGGGGUUCUUCGGAAGGAGAAGGCGCUACAAAUCCUAAAACCUGCGGGCACCCGUUUUGGAACAAACUACAUCGCCCUCGAACGCCUACAGGCAGUGCGCAAAACUCUCGAUAAGCUGGUGUCGAGUGAGGACUGGGAGGAGUACGUCAAGGGGAAGCCGAAAAUGAAGGACGCAUGGGAUACUAUUAUCGACAAGGAGUUCUGGACGCGCGUUGGGACGGUGCUGGAUGUGCUUCGUCCGGUCUACAAGCUGUUGCGGAAUGUUGACGGCAAUCAGGAGGUGAUGGGCAAGAUAUAUGACAAAAUGUUUGUUUUGGAGGACGCGGUGAAGGAGGCGUGUAAGGAGCUGACCGAGGAGGAGAAAGAGGAUGUGACCGACAUCCUGCGGAAUCGGUGGAACAACGACAUCAGCUGCGCGCUUCACGUGGUCGGACGGAUUCUGUACCCGCCAAACCAAUACGAGUCAACAUUCGGAACGGACGUGGAGUGCACCAAGAUCUUCAAGCAAUUCAUUCGCAAUUACUACCAGGGUGAAUUCGUGAAAGUGGGAGGGGUGACGGCGCCACUCGCAACCAUCGUCGAAAAAGAGGUCUUGACGUACAUCAAGGGGAAGGGAGACAUUGGGGAGCAGAAAGCGCGUGAUGAGCAUGAACUCAUCAAAGUUGGGCUUUUGGAUUCGGCGCAAUGGUGGGAAUUCAAUGGCACGGACGUGCCACACCUCUCCAAGCUUGCAAAAAGAGUUCUCAAGCAAUGCGUCUCGGCCUCCCCGUGCGAGACGAACUGGGCCGUUUGGGAGUCAAUCCAUACAGCUCGUCGUAAUCGCCUUGGAGCGAAACGCCUUGCCGACCUGGUAUACGUGAGCCACAACUAUCACACAGUGAAGAAGUUGAAUGAAGAUCUUGCUAAGAAGCCGGUGGUGAGUGGGCUUCCUGUGGUGCAAGUUAAGGAGGAACCUACUGUCAGCUACGGGCAUCUCGAUGACGACGACAUCCUCGAUGAGGCAUAUCUUGAUGGCCAGGAAGCGGAAGAGCCUAUGGAGCUGGAGACGCCAAGCUUCAAGCUGCUGGGCAUCAUACUCAUCAUCUCUGUCGGCGUGCUCUGCAUAGUGGCGUGCGUGUGGUGCUCGCUCCCAGUGGCGGGGGAGACGGAGUUUGAGCUGGUGGGAUUCAUCCUCGCCAUGCUGGCCUCCUUCAUGGCGGGCCUCCGAUGGGUGCUGCUGCAAGUGCUCCUGCAGCCACACAGUGCGUGUGCGCUGUGCAGCCCCACUCACUGUGCCUGUCUCACCAACCCGCUGCUCACGCUAGAGUAUCUGGCGCCCGUGAUGGCGCCCGUGAUGGCGCCCGUGAUGGCGCCCGUGUGCGGCAUCUUCUCGCUGCUGCAUGAGCCCUUGUCCUCGCUCGCCUCCUCACCCUACUUUGACACGUGGCCUCACGCCCUCUGGACCCUCGCCGUCUUGCCUCUGGGGGGCGUCCUCGCCUUCUGCAUGGUGUAUCAUGGCGGUGUUCGUGCUGGUGAAAGAGACCAGCGCCGUCACCUUCUAGUUUUGAGACGUCUCAAGACCACGCCCACCCUGUUCACUGGGCACUGGGGCAUUGCUGGGCACACCCUUCACCCUGAAACGGCAGAUCAUGGCGGAGUGCUGCUGGUGAAAGAGACCAGCGCUGUCACCUUCUCUGUGGCCGGCACCGCCAAGGAGGUCGUCACCAUCCUGGUGUCGCACAUGGUGUUUGGCGACCGCUUCACGCUCGUGUCGCACAUGGUGUUUGGCGACCGCUUCACGCGUGUCAAAGUGCUGGGCAUCGUCAUCAUCAUUCUUGGCGUCUCCCUCUACAUUGCCUACAAGGUGUCGCGCAACAAGGCACGUGAGUCUGAAGGCCAUCGGGUGCACGCGCUCACUGACGAGCUCCUCCCUGACCACCCGGCCACGCCCUCGGACCAACUUUAG